CUACAAGGAGCCAGCACGAACCCUAAUAAAUGUGUAUGAGCCCUGCCCCCGGAAGGACUGCUUUAGAGAGAAGAGGAAGGGUUGUAGGAGAGUUUGUUGUCAUGCCGUCGAGACGCUGUUAUUUUCACCCCAAACGCAGGACGUCUUUGUUCGCCCUUCCUAGGGACGCUGGUCUUAGGGAGCAAUGGUUAAAAUUCAUUUUUAACUCUGUUCCUGAAAAAUAUAAUCUCAAUAUAGCUGUCUGUGCUGCACAUUUCACGGAGGACAGCUUCCUCAAUAUAAACGAGUUCAAUGCCGGAUUCGCACAAAAGCUUGUCCUGAAAGAUGGAGCAGUUCCCACUUUAAAAACAGAAGCUGCUGUUUAUGGGCCACAGCCUGUAAGCACACAUGAAGAUUUGGCCAGGGUGCAUCAUGUGGCCUGCCAGACGGACCCACCAAAACUGUGCACAGUUGCCACCCAGCUUUCAAUAACCACUCUACGACCUCACUUCAGAAGCACAGGUGUACAGGCAACCAUGCCGUGCCCUGAUGUUGAUGUUGGCACCUCAGAACCACAGCUGUCAUCAGCACCAAUAAAGAUGCCUCGCUUGGAGCUGAAGGAGGAAGAGGAGGACCAGGAGAGCCACUGGGUUCUGCAAAUGAUCGUGUAGAUGCUGUCACAACUUUUACUGGCAGCAGAUGUGACAAUGGAAUCUUCCAAGACAGCAAUAUAUAUUGUUUGUGAAAACUUCCUGCUGGAGCCCUUUGUUGGAGUGCCCUGUAUGUCAGCGGGUUUCAGAUGUGCGGACAAGAAGGGUUGGCACAUUCCUCUCAGUGGUGCCCACACAGAGUUCUCCAGAAAUUUGCAGGGAAAGUCCAUCUUUCUGUUGCGGUGUAUGCCACUGGUGCCUCUUUAUUCAGACUUGAAAAGAUUUUUCAGCAGUGCAACUGAAAAUGAUCCACUGCCACCUUUCGAAGGCAUGCCCAGAUGAGCCUGCAGCUGUACGUGGAUGGCUUGUUGCAGAAUCUCAGUUGUCCUGGCAGAACAUUGUCCUAUGAAGUGACCGACUGUCUUAUAGAUAUAAAGCAAGACAUAAUAAAGUAGCGUAUGGAAUGUAAAAAUACCUGUAACAGCUGAAAUCUUUUUUUUUUUUCUUUUGGAAGAAUGUUAUAAUUUUUACAUUGAUAUUCAAUCAGUUAUGCUGUGCCUGCUGUUAUACAGAAUAAGUGUGUUUAAAAAGCUCUGAUGUUCAGUUCAGAAAACUUUCAGACAAUAAAACUUUGUACAAACA